AAUUACGUUUUUGUUUGCAAGCGAAGAGUACAUAGGUAUAUUUGAUAAUUCUCUUUAUGCUUAGUGGAUCAUGCAUUUUUUACCGUUUAAACAUUUAAAGAACUAUUUGUAUGUGCACUGUCUAAGAAUUUGACUAGUUGUCGUCAUUAUAAUAAAUCCACGGUUGUCAUAGGAAUUCCAAAGGAGUAAUAGUGAUUCGCAGUACAUUCUGUAAUGUCCUUUCGCUCGGCCAUCGCAAAAUGUGUGUUAGUUAAUAAGUAAAUGCUAUUUAUGGAAAAAAAAUUAAGAAACUGUACCAAUAUCGAAUAUUAUAUAAUACAAAAAAUGUCACAGCGCACAAUAUGGGAGAUUCAAAAUGACUUGGCGCGUAGCAGCGCUCAUGGUAUGGAGAUAGUAUGGGACUCUUUAUCUGCUGAUCAAUCAGAUAUUUUAAAGGAUAAAAUUAAGAAUAUAAUACCAGAUCAUAAUCAAAGUGCAGUGGAAAACGCACGCAAUAAUCUUUUUCAAAAUGUUUGGUCGCAACGCAAAUAUACUAAUGGUGUUCUGCUCUCGACCAUUAUUUACAUAAUGGUAACUGAAGAGAAGGACUAUGAAUUGGCUAAAUACUCUACCAAAUUCAGUUUUCACCCCGUAAUACGCACUCGCAAAUGCUUGUCAUCGAAUAAUAGUUCAGGCUGUUGUAUGGUUUUUAUUGAUGAACACUCGCGCAUCUAUGAGAAUUGGCAGCAAUAUUUAUUGAAAAAUAUUCUCCCCAAGGGAACCAUGGUAGCGCCAACCAAUGGGGUUUAUACUUUAAUUGAUAGUGAAGAGGUCAGCCUUGAAAUAUGCACUACUCCCAAUACAAAUUCGAAAAGAAAACUUGAUACUGCAAUUGGCGUAGGUGGAUUAAUUUCGGGUACUGCCCCACUUGCUCUCUCAAUGGUUAUGCCAAUUACAGCACCGGUCAUGUUAACAGCUACAUUGGUGUCAUUGGCUACAAGUGCGUAUGCAACCGUACGGUCUGCGACAUAUUUAACAGAUCGCUAUAAGCAUGGACAGUCCACAUCUCUAGCUGAUCGGGAGUCUAGAAGUAAAUGGCUAGGUAUUGCUGGAGGAGUGGCCGGUUUGGGUGCAUCGGGUGCUAUGAAUGCGCUUACAUAUGCCACCUCUGCUGGUAAGGGGGUACCAUUGAUGGCCAAAGUAGCUGUUGGUGGUAUGAAUGUGUCAUCACUUUUACUCUCCGGUACUGAUCUAGUAAAUACCGCUUAUGACUUAUAUUUGCUAAGCUACGACGAAGGACUAAAUAGUUUAGAUGUUCUACAACUCGCAUCUUCCUUAUUAGUUUUUACACAUUCAAUUAACAAUUUGUCACUUGUCUCAAAGAUUCCAACCCGAGGGGGUAGUGCAUCAAUUCGGCGUGCAAUUCGCGAACAGACCAGAAAUUCGUACGGCAAAAUUUCGAGUGAGUGCAUGAGGAUGAGUAAAAAUUUAAUAAAAAUUGAUCUAAUACGCAUGGUAAAUAACAUCCCCUCAAAAGAAGCCUUUAUAGAGCAAGUCGGUAAAUUAUUGGCACAAGCUUCCACUGGCACGCUGGUUGGUAAUGCAGUCAGUGAACUACCGCUACUAAUAAGCUAUACUAUGGACGGUAAACUGAAUCCCGUACAGCUACUAGCUGCGGCCGGGUUCAAAUUUGUGCGUAACAUAUUGGAUUCAAAUAGUUUUAUCGAUUUAUUAGGCACAAUGGCAAAUUUCAUGAGUGAAAGAAGUUUUUAUCUGUUGCUGAACUUAACAAGAACUUUUAUGGAUGAAUAUGGCGAUGAUAUAAAUAUUGUCCUUCGUACUUUUAUACCCACUGAGAAAGUGCUUUAUGAAACGUUUAUGUGGUGUGUCACAAAAUACUCAAAUCUCGCUUACGAGUUUCUCGAAAGUAAGCAAAUUGAAAUACUUCAUGAACUCGAAAGGUACUUCUAUUCAUUAAAUCCAAUUGAUGACAGUAAUACAUCUUUCAGCUGCAAAAUUUGUAAGGGUUAUUUUUAUAAUUGUCCCAUAUAAUUUUAAUUGUUUCCAUUUUAAUAAAUAAAUAAUAAUGCACCUUUUAA